CCCAAGCCAGCAGGAGGGCACAGGAAGCCUGAUGGCUGAUUGCCCCAGGGGUACCCCAGGACUUAGAGGUCUCCAGGCGCAGACGCAACCCCAGCGUCACGGGUGGGAGUCCCUGCAAGCAUGCUGCCUUCAGGAUUAAGGUCCACGUCUUUGCUGUGCACACAUGCAAGCACUGGCAGUGGAGUGAGGGUGGGUGUAAAGGUCGGCGGUGCAGCAGUUCUGCGAGCGGGGCCAGGCAGAAUUCCGCCUCGCCUUUAAAUCCACGCUUGGAGAAGCUCCAAGAGAAGACCGGAUGAGCCCUAAGCAGCAAAGGCAGGGUGAAAGUUUGCUCUGAAUUCCUUUCUGGCUGCAUUUUGCGUGCUGUUGAGCCAGCUGGCCAGCAGGAUUGGCAUCGGGGCGGGACAGCAUGGUGCACCAAGUGGCCGUCAUUGGGGCCGGGGCCAGUGGGCUGGCGGCCACCAAGUGCUGCCUGGAUGAGGGGCUGGAGCCCACCUGCUUCGAGAGGAGUGAGGACCUCGGGGGACUGUGGUGCUUUGCUGAAAACACAGACUGCGGGAGGGUCAGUGUGUACCGCUCCAUCAUCAGCAACACAUCCAAGGAGAUGUCCUGCUUCAGCGACUUCCCCUUCCCGGAGGAUUUCCCCAUUUUCCUCCCUCACAGCCUCUUCUUGGAGUAUUUCCGCCUGUAUGCUCAGCAAUUCCAUCUCCUGCGGCACAUCCGCUUCAAGACAACAGUUAUCAGUGUGAAGAAGCACCCAGCUUUUGCCACCUCGGGCCAGUGGGAGGUGAUCACCGAGAGGGAGGGCAUCCAGGAGUUAUAUGUCUUUGAUGCUGUCAUGGUCUGCACAGGAAACUUUCAGCAGCCCCACCUGCCCUUGGCUUCUUUCCCAGGUAUUGAGACCCGCUUCAGAGGGCAGUACUUCCACAGCCAGGAAUACAAAGAUGCAGAUGCUUUCCAGGGAAAGCGGGUCCUCGUGGUCGGCAUUGGGAACACCGCCUGUGAUAUUGCUGUGGAGCUGAGUCAUGUGGCUGCAAAGGUGUUUCUCAGUGCCAGGAGCAACACGUGGGUGUUCAGCCGGGUGGCAAAACAUGGCUUCCCCUGGGACAUGUUCAAGACCACGCGCUUUAAUCACUUUCUCGAAUGGCUUCUCCCAUCAGCCAUCAUGAAAAGGAUCAAGUUUCGAAUGAUGAAUUCAUGGUUUAACCACGAGAUCUACGGCUUGGCUUCUGCUAGAAGUUCCAGUUCUCGUUUCAUUAUCAAUGAAGAGCUGCCAUUUCGCAUGCUCUCUGGAACCAUUGUGCUGAAGUCAAAUGUGAAGGAGUUCACUGAAACUUCAGCCAUUUUUGAAGAUGGAACAACUGAAGAGAACAUCGAUGUGGUGAUCUUUGCCACGGGCUACACCUUCUCAUUUUCCUUCCUUGAAGAGUCGAUUCGCAACCCACUCAAAAAUAAUAGUACCCUCUACAAAUGCAUCUUCCCACCCCAGCUGGAAAGGCCAACUCUAGCCAUCAUUGGUUUUGUCAAGCUGACUGGCUCCGUGAUGGUGGGAGCAGAAAUCCAGGCUCGCUGGGUGACAGGAGUCUUCGCAGGUGCAUACAAGCUCCCUCCCUCCAGCAAGAUGAUGGCUGAAGUCUCAAAAAAACAGCUGCCAGACAAAAGGAAUCAGUCGGAGAAGCAGAACUUGAAGAUGAAUUUCAUUAGUUACACCAGCGAGAUUGCUUCGUGCGCCGGUGUGAAGCCCAGCGUGCUGCGGCUGCUCCUGACUGACCCCUGGCUGGCCCUGGCCGUCUUCUUCGGCCCCUGCACAUCCUACCAGUACCGCCUGAUGGGACGGGGGCAGUGGAGCGGGGCCAGGGCCGCCAUCUUGACACAGUGGCAGCGGGCCUUGAAACCCUUGAAAACUCGAGUGUUGGAGGACAGUGCCUCCUCGCACUCCUGGCUCUGGCUGGGCCUCCUCGCCCUGCCCACAGCGCUGGUGGUAGGGUUCCUCCUCUCCAAAUGUCCCCGGGUGGGUGGGUGGGUGGGUAGGUUCCCAGGGCAGGGCUUCUAGUCUAGAAGAGGCCCUAUGAGGAUGGUGCCAUGCUGUGCCCACAGGGCGGUGCCGAUAGGUCCAGCGUGUAGGACCUCACCCCUCUGUCCCUAUCUGUUGUUGUAAUGCAGCGGGAUGGGACUGUGGGGUGAUUUGGGAUGAGGAUGGAGGGCAUGGGCAUGGCACGGGCUUCCUCGGCACUGCCGUUUUGGGAGCAGCAAGCAUGGAGGUAGUUGUGUUCAUAUGGAAACUUCUGGGAGGGGGGAGCCGGAAAUAAACCUCAUUGAGCUUUUAA